AUCAACCCGAAGGAGCCCCGGCACCAUCGGACCAGAAGCUUUCGAGAGUCACUCACUCCACUGCAUAGACUCUUCCCAACCACCUGUAGAAGGCGGACGGAAUCUGGCCCACCAUCAAGCCCGGUUUACGGGAAUUUGUCUUGGACGAAUCGUCCCGUCGGGCAGGACGAAUCAUGCUCCCACUUGGCGGCUUCUCAGGCACACAACUUGUUUUUCGUCACUACCAAUCAGCCACAGACUGCUGUGCGUUGUCGAGUCUUGUGCGGCUCGUUCCGGACUUUCCUGUGGAUUCUGCCGAAUCUGCCUGGGCUUGUCAUCCGAUGCAGACUCACCGUGGAGAUAAACCAGGGUCCUGCGGAUCUUUCGAGUCCGCUGGGACCGCGGCAGGCCCUCUGCAAGCCGCUGUCACGGCCUGCCAAUGCAAGUGUCGCUCCUCUAGGAACGCAACUUUACCAGCACCGAAUGCGAUAGUGCAGACGAUCGCACAAGCUACUCCAGAUACUGGUUCAAACAGCGGGUGCUCUUCUUGUUACCCGGGUCCCAAGGGGAAUUGCAACACAGAUAGUUGCAGUGGCUGUCUAGUGUGCCAAACAGGGUGCAUUCCCUCGACGGUGAUCUCGUGGAGCACCACCACAUGUUAUUCAAUCCUCUACUCGACAAUAUGGACAACAGACGUGGAAUACCACGCCACGACGGUUGACCAUUAUGAGACGGAUUACAAGACCGACUAUGAAACUCGCUGGGAGACCGACUUUGAAACGGACUACAAGACGGAAUACCAGACGGAAUACCAGACGGACUACAAGACGGACUACCAGACGGACUACCAGACGGACUACAAGACGGACUAUCAGACGGACUAUGAGACAAAAACAGCCUACGAGACCGACUACGAGACAAAAACUGAUUAUCAGACGGACUACGAAACCAAAACAGCCUACGAGACCACAUACGAGACCGACUACAAGACUGAUUACAAGACUGCAACGGACUAUGUGACUGACUACAAGACUGCAACAGACUAUGAGACUGACUACAAGACGGUGACCGAUUAUGUGCCCACCACGGAAAGUGAUUUUGUCACUGUUGACGUUCCGACCACGGUGGAUGUGCCGUCGCCUUAUCCCACCACGGAAACGGAUUUUGUUACUGUCGACGUCCCGACCACGGUGGAUGUGCCGUCGCCUUAUCCUACUACGGAAACUGAUUUUGUCACUGUUGACGUCCCGACCACGGUGGAUGUGCCAUCGCCUUAUCCUACUACGGAAACUGAUUUUGUCACUGUUGACGUUCCGACCACGGUGGAUGUGCCGUCGCCUUAUCCUACUACGGAAACUGAUUUUGUCACAAUCGACGUUCCUUCGCCAUACCCCACCACAGAAACCGAUUUUGUCACCAUUGACGUCCCCUCGCCUUACCCGACUACCGUGGAUAUCACGAUUGAUGUUCCAACGACGGUGGAUCACUCUUUCACUGACACGGUCUCAGUG